UGUUUGCACUGGGCAGGGUCACCUAAUAGCAAAAUUAACCGUUUAGAGGAGAAAAGCUUGUUUUACACCACCUUUGAACGCUUCUUACUAAUAUACCCAGCUUCAGUUAAAGCAUUACAAACUCCUGCCAUUUUGAAAGAUGUCCACCGAAGUGGAAAUCGAAAAUAUAGACGAUUUUAAAGGAGCUAUUUCGGAAUGCCGAUCAGACAACUUUGAAACAAAUUGGGUUUUGGCAAGACAUGUGGAUCAGCAACCAAAUUUGAUUACAUUAGCUGGGUUUGGAAAUAAUGGGAUUGAGGAGCUCAAAGAAUCUUUGGAAGAAAGCGAGGUGAUGUAUGGACUCGUUAAAGUCCAAGAACAGAUUGAUCAAAGCAACACAGUUAAGUUUGUUUACAUUCAUUGGAUUGGAAAACAAGUUCCAUUCACAAAGAAAGGCAAAUAUGGUGUUGUUCAUGGGAGUGUAGACAAAAACUUUCAGCCUUAUCAUGCCUCAAUCUCAACAGAUAACAUAGCCGAUUUGGAUGAGGAAACUCUUGCAAGUAAACUCAGCGAAAGCAGUGGCACGAAAAACAAAGUCUUGGAUGCAGACCAGGCAACUGAGAGAAGGGGUCAUGAUCGUGGAUUCACGGGUCACGAGACUGGCGGUAAUAAGAAAAAAGUUACUGGCGGAUUCACAGGAUUUCAGGGGAAAAGUGCAGGUACCGUGAAAUUUGAUGAUUCUGUUAUCGACGCUGCAACGGAUGUAAGAAGCGACACAACAGACACGGAUUGGUUCGUAGCAGGUUAUGAAGAUGGAAACCCAAAAUUACCGCUUAUUUGCCUCGGUUCGGGGUCUGGGGGUGUUGGUGAAAUAACAGAUAUUCUGACAAAUGACAUCAUUGGUUAUGCUCUUUGUCGAGUGACAGACGUCGUGGACGAUAUAUCAACGGUAAAGUUUGUGUAUAUUCAAUGGGUUGGCGACAACGUCAAACCGCUCGUGAAAGCCAAGAUAAGCACACACAAAGCCGACUUGGAACAGAUCUUUUUUCCCGCUCACGCCACAAUAUUUGCGAACAGCGCUGACGAAAUCAGCGAACGCGAAAUAAUGGACAAAGUUCAAAGUGGAAGCGGUUCCAAGAGUCACGUGAGAAAUGAAUGAACGCUGAUUGGGUAACACCGUUUUGAAUGACGUCAUUGCGUCCCAGUGACACCGUUGUCUAUAGCUGCUUUUGGAAUAUUGUCAAAUUUCAUUGUAAUAUAUGAAUUAAAUUAGUUCAAAUAUUGCUGAACUAUUUUAAAACUUACAGAA